AUUCCUGCUUGAUUCCUCUCUCCCAGGCCAUGACCUUCAACCAGGUGAUCCAGACAGGGCCUGAUGAGGAAGGAGGUGACGAUAAAGCAGUGACCGCCAUGGGCAUCCUUAACACCAUUGACACACUGCUGAGUGUAGUGGAGGACCAUAAAGAGAUUACCCAGCAGUUAGAGGGCAUCUGUCUGCAGGUGAUCGGCACAGUCCUCCAGCAGCACGUCCUGGAGUUCUACGAGGAGAUCCUGUCUCUGGCCCACAGUCUGACAUGUCAGCAGGUAUCCCCUCAGAUGUGGCAGCUGCUCCCUCUGGUCUAUGAGGUCUUCCAACAAGACGGAUUUGACUAUUUCACAGAUAUGAUGCCACUUCUCCAUAACUACAUCACAGUUGACACAGACACACUCCUGUCUGACACCAAAUACCUUGAAAUAAUCUACAGUAUGUGCAAAAAGAUUUUGUCAGGAGACCCAGGGGAGGACCCAGAAUGCCAUGCGGCCAAGCUGUUGGAAGUCAUCAUUCUACAGUGCAAAGGUCGUGGUAUUGACCAGGUGGUGCCCUUGUUUCUAACGACCGCUUUGGAGCGUUUGACGCGUGAAGUGAAGACCAGCGAGUUGAGGACCAUGUGUCUGCAGGUGGCCAUCGCUGCACUCUAUUACAGCCCUCCUCUGCUCCUCAACACACUGGAGAAUCUGCGCUUCCCCAACAACACUGAGCCCAUCACCAACCACUUCAUCUCCCAAUGGCUCAAAGACAUCGACUGCUUCCUCGGGCUCCACGAUCGAAAGAUGUGCGUGUUGGGACUGUGCGCUCUAAUGGAUCUUGAUCAGAGGCCACAGGCUGUCAAUCAGGUCGCAGGUCAGCUCCUCCCUGCAGCCAUUCUCCUGUUCAACGGCCUGAAGAGGGCCUAUGCCUGCAGGGCUGAACAUGAAAAUGACGAGGAUGAGGAUGGAGAGGAGGAAGAAGAGAAUGCCGAGUUAGGCAGUGAUGAAGACGACAUAGAUGAUGAAGGCCAGGAUUACCUUGAAAUGCUAGCUAAACAAGCAGGAGAGGAUGGUGACGAUGAAGACUGGGAGGAAGAUGACGCAGAGGAGACCGCUCUUGAGAGUUACACGACCUUAGUUGACGACGAGGACAACCUUGUUGAUGAAUACCAGAUCUUCAAAGCCAUAAUACAGAAUGUCCAGGCCCGUGACCCAGCAUGGUACCAGGCGCUCACACAGUGUCUCGAUGAGGAACAAAGAAAACAACUUCAGGAUAUUGCAACACUCGCAGAUCAGCGACAAGCAGCACAUGAAUCAAAGAUGAUUGAGAAGCAUGGAGGAUACAAGUUUGCAGAUCCGGUGGUGCCAUCCAAUUUCAACUUUGGUGGCAGCGCCCUUCCCCUUUCUAACUGUGACUGA